GCAUCCGUAAGUAGUCACAUUAAUAGUCCAUCCACAUGUCAUUAAUUUAUCAGCCAAUAAAUGUCGGCGCACGCACGUACUUCCCAAUCAGUGCAGAGCAAACAAAAGAACGUCAGUGUUUCAUCCAAUCCCACCAUCGCGUCGUUAUGUAGUGAUCUUCACGAAGAAACUGUUGGCUGAAAGGCAGCCUCAGUGCCUCUGUGAGAUCAUGAAGCGAGCUUAAGGAACUUGAUCCUGAAAAGUGGUACCUUUCACUUUCUUUCGGUACUCUGCGGCAGUUCGUUUGUGUCUUCUGGCGUUUCGGUAAGAACUUUCCCUUUCUUCAUCCAUGACGUGAUCUCGAUUGAACAAUCGCGUGCAGGUCGUGUUCGAUUAAAUUAUUUUGAUGCUUGAGGAUGGUGCUCUGCGUGGAAAAAGGUAAUGAUGGGGUGCCUUUCAUACAAUUGGGCUCUCAUCAGAUGAGAUUGGAUCUGGAGGAACUGAAUGGAAAAGAUAAGGCAAGGGCUGAAGAUGAACUGAAAGAGACCCCAGAAAAUGUACAAGAAGGCUUGAGGCAUAUGAAAGAACUUGUCGAAGCUGAUAAAGAACUGCAUGUCCCUCAUACCGACGAUGCAUACCUCACCAAAUUUUUAAGGCCCUGCAGAUGGAACGCAGAGCACGCGUAUAAAAUUAUGAAGAAGUUCUACAAAUUCAAGGUGAAACAUCCGAAGUAUGGUAUCAACAUAACUCCGCAUUGUGUCAGGCAUGUGUUUGACCAUGAAGUAUUCAGAUUUAUGCCAUCCAGAGCUAACAGUGGAGCCAGGGUGAUGAUAAUCAACGUUGGUACAAAAUGGAAUCCAAAAGAAGUCAAGUUAGAAGAUAUGUUUAGAGCUGUAAUGGUAGCAAUAGAAAUUGCCAUGCUGGAAGCAAAAACACAACUUGGUGGUGUCCACGUUAUUCUGGAUAUGGCUGGUUUAUCUUUAGUUCAUAUCUACCAAUUUUCACCUCAACUGGCUAAGCUAAUAUUAGAUUGGGUACAGGAUUGUGCACCAACUCGAUUGAAAGGCAUACACGUUAUAAACCAGUCAUUCAUUUUUGAUGUGUUAUACAAAAUGUUCAAGCCAUUUUUGGGAGAAAAGAUUAAGAAGUGUUUGUAUUUUCAUGGCGACAACAGAAAGACUUUAAUUGAAAAAGUCGGAGCUGAGGCUUUGACAGAGUAUUACGGUGGAACGGCUGAUAUACCAGAAUUCCCAGGUAGCCUCUUUGCCGAUAUGCUUUUCUUUUAUGAAAAAGAAUUUCAAGAAUUCAAUACAUAUGGCUACCAGACACCAGACAAAGAGAAAGCUGAUCACUGACAACGCCUGCUUUGCAAGGAACAUUGACCCGUUUCGCGACAAGGCUGCAUACUAAGAAUCGUGUCUAAUUGAUGCGUAUUUUUGCUUUUUUCACGUGACAUACAGAGUCUGUUAAGUGUAAAUAAAGAUAUGUGCAUUUUGUUAAUCUUUAUUGUCUUGAUUAAGGAUUGAGGUAUUCUCGCUUCUAUUUUAUUUGGAUGACAUUUGCGAAGAAUUUUAGAUAUCAUUUGGACACCAAGCAUACAGGUAUACUUUAAACAGUUAAACGUCUCUAUAAUCUAAGUACUACUAAGAAGUUGCAUAGGCUUGUAGGCACCGAGCUAUCGGGUUGCCUAGCAAAAAAUGCUAAGACAGGAACGUUUCAGUAGGUAGAGCAUAAUACAGGAUACCAAGAAUGCCGUAAACGAAUUCAAAAGAGUAUGUUGAUACCUAUUAAAAGAUCUAAGAUCAUUGAGAAUAGAAAAAUUGUCUCAUCAUAGACCCCAAUUCUUCUUCACAUGAGCACUAAUGGAUCGCUAUGGAUAGCAGAAAAGCAGUACUUGCUCUCAAGUGUUUCAUACUCACAGCCAGAAGAGUACUAGAUCGCCAUAUGACAAUGGUGAGUGUUUUCAACCACGAACAAUAUAACUGUUGCAUGAAUUCCUUCCCAGAGACCGUUUCAACUAUUCUAACGAUAAAGUAAAGUCUAUAAAAACAACUUCGAUUUGCUACUGGUAUUGUAACCGAACAUUGUUAGCUUAGAAAACAUUUUCCCGGUACUGAAGUGAUACAUUCUUGGGUAGAAGAUGCAAACAGGAAAGAUAAGCCAGUUAAGGUCUUGCUUUGCCAAUACCCGGCUCUCCUAUCAAAGCAAGAACCCAUUCUGGGCAAGUGUGGACCUUAUUUUGCUCGGGUAUGGGGAAGCUCCUCUGGGUCAUAUAACCUUCAGUAGUUGGGGUGGAUCAUACCUCAGUACUGUUACUCCUCUGAUGAAUACUUAGACAAGGAAUCUACUUACCCCUCCUCUAAGGCGUAAUCCAGAAUUAUUGAUCAAUAGAAGAAAUUCUGUUGGCAUAGGGUUUCCUAUAUUGUCACCACAAUACCUCUAUACAGGAGGUACAUCUGUCUAGGCCAGUGGUCGCCAACCUUUUCAGUGACCUAGUCGUAAGUAAUGUAAGCCAAUUUAAACGAAAUUAUACACAGUUGUAUGCGACAUACAUGUGUUUAUUUACUAAUAAUAAU